CCACCGGCCACCGCUGUGGCUUCAUCCUUACCACUCGAUCAACACUAAAGCUGGUGCCCAAUGGAUACGACACUCCUCCGGAGCAAUGGCCGCCUCCUGCCCUUGUUCCUUCUCCUGCUUGCCGCCGCCGAUUUCACGGCGGUGCAGGGCCAGGGGGGGCAGCAGCAGCAGCCUGGACCAGCUGGGGGGGCAUACUACUCGCAAAGCUUCAGCCCGUCCAUGGCCAUCGUCAUCGUCGUGCUCAUCGCCGCCUUCUUCUUCCUCGGCUUCUUCUCCAUCUACGUCCGCCACUGCUACGGCGACGGCUCCAGCGGCUACUCCGCGAACCGGCCGCCGGCCCCCGGCGGCGCCGCCGCGCGCUCGCGGCGCCAGCGCGGGCUCGACGAGGCCGUGCUGGAGUCCUUCCCCACCAUGGCGUACGCCGACGUGAAGGCGCACAAGGCGGGCAAGGGCGCGCUCGAGUGCGCCGUCUGCCUCAGCGAGUUCGACGACGACGAGACGCUGCGCCUGCUGCCCAAGUGCUCCCACGUCUUCCACCCGGAUUGCAUCGACACGUGGCUCGCCUCGCACGUCACCUGCCCUGUCUGCCGCGCCAACCUCGUCCCGGACGCCAACGCCCCGCCGCCGCCGCCGCCGGCCGACGACGACGCGCCCGAGCUGCUGCCGCCACCACCCGUGUCCGCGCCGCCUGCCGCCGCCGCCGCUGCGGUGGUCAUUGACGUGGACGAGACAGAGGAGGAGAGGAUCAUCAGAGAGGAGGCCAACGAGCUGGUGCGCAUCGGCAGCGUGAAGCGCGCGCUGCGCUCCAAGUCCGGCCGCGCGCCCGCACGGUUCCCGCGCUCGCACUCGACGGGCCACUCGCUCGCAGCGUCCGCCACCACCGGCACCGGCGCCGGCGCCGGCGCCAGCACCGAGAGGUUCACGCUGCGUCUGCCCGAACACGUGCUCCGGGACCUCGCCGCGGCCGGGAAGCUCCAGCGCACCACGAGCCUAGUCGCGUUCCGCUCCAGCCGCGGCGGCAGCACGCGCCGUGGCGUCAGCGUCCGGACCGGCGGCGGCGAAGGCAGCAGCCGCGCCGGGAGGAGCAUCCGGCUGGGCCAGUCAGGGCGGUGGCCGUCGUUCCUGUCGCGAACGUUCUCCGCCAGGCUUCCCGCGUGGGGGUCACGGUCGACGCGCAGGGGCGUCGAGGCUGACGGGUCCAGCAAGGGCGGUAGGGCGGCCGGCGCCGGCGCCGCCGGCUGAGGCGCCAAGUCAGUGGAACAGCCGAACAGGACGACCACGCGUGCGCUCCUGGACAACGUGUUUGACCGGUUCUCUCUGACCUGGUCAAUCGGUGGCUGCUAGGAAACUCUUGGUGCUUUCGUCGCCAUCGUGGUGGAAAAAAUUUUGGCACUUGAAUUUAGGAGAGAACGUGCUUGGUCGCGGCCCUCGCCUCCUCCUUCAGUCCUUCUGGAAGCGUGCUGUAUUCAUUUGUUAUUAUUAUACGAAAAACGUGUACACAAAUUCAUAAGUU